UAUGAUGAUUUCUUCUUCUUGUUUCACCAAUGGAGUUGAAGUUCUUCCUCUUUUCUUUGCUUGAAUGAAUCUUCCAACAAGAGAGAAUGAUUGGAAAAGAAAAUAUGAGUUUUAUGGUAAGCACUUUGAAUGAAAGAUAUGGAUAUGAUGAAGAAAACAUAGCCAACCCGUGGAACUCGUCACCACUGACGUAGUCCCGGUAUUUUGGCGAUAUCUCCUUCGUUACUUAACGGAAUCACGAACCGUUUGUUAGGUUGGAUUCGUAACAUCCGGGGCUACGAUUUUGGUAUAAUAAAUAAUUUGAGAAAAAGAAUAGAGAAUUAUAGAAUUUACGAAGAAGUUGCUGCUGCGUUUUUCACUCAGGAUUUUAGAAACUUUGAUGUUUCUCCUUGCUCCUUCUUCUUCUUCUUGGCUUAACAAUGGAGUAUUUUUGGGUUUUCUUCCUCCUGAGCUGCUGCCGACAGAGAGGGGAUGGGGAGGGGAUGGAUGAUGGUGAUAAGGUCAUGAAGGAGGUUAUGGCAGUAUGUAGAAACUUCUUAUGGGGAGGUACACAUAAGUAUGCUAAAGUGCCAUUGGUUAACUGGGAAGAAGUGUGUUUGAAGAAGAAGUUUGGGGGACUUGGCAUCAAAAACAUUCUGAAUUGGAAUAAGGCAGCAAUUAUGAAGCUGAACUGGGAUGUGGCUGGGAAGAAGGAUAUAUUAUGGGUGAAAUGGAUCCAUAACAAGUACAUCAAAGAAGAAGAGUUUUGGGAUUACACACCUAAACUGGAUGCCUGCCAUUACUGGAAAGAAAUGGUGAGAGUGAGAGAGAAUUUUAGGGGAAUGCCCAAGGGUAAAGAGUAUAUUGUGAGGGAAGGAUAUGACUGGCUACAGGGGACAAGAAUGAUACCAAAUUAGAAAGAUACAGUCUGGAAUGCCAUAACCCCUCCCAAAAUGCAGUUUGUGACAUGGUUGUUGAUGAAGGGGAGAUUACAAACAAAGGAGAGAUUAGCCAGAUUUCUUAAUAUCGACCAGAAUUGUGCUUUAUGUGGCCAAUAUAAGGAAACAGAUAGA